GUGCUUCGGACUCGCUGCCAGGCUUCCUUAGGUCUGUCUCUGAGCUGAGAGAGAGGCAAAAGCAGCAGCGUGAGGAGUCCAGAGACGAACGGGGCGGGGGCAGCUCCCGGCUGCAAACCCCAAGUGACGAGGCAGCUCAGUUUCCUCCGGCCGGUCCCCUCGCCCCGCUUCGCUGUCAGAAACCACCCAGCCUCAUGAUUCAUCUCCUCAAGCGCUCAAAAGCUCUGGCUGCUCCGGCUUUUGCUUCUCACCGUUCCGGGACCGAGCUGCUUUGGAGGAGGAGAUGGGGAAGCUCUCGGUUGCUCUGGGCAUCCUGAUGCUCUGCGCUGCCGGAGCUUGGGGGGGUAACAUCUGCACCACCCGUGGGGUGAACUCCUGCAAGCAGUGCCUGGCUGUCAGCCCCCUCUGUGCAUGGUGCUCUGCAGAGGUCUUGCCACAGUCGUCCCCUCGCUGUGACCUGCGUGAGAACCUGCUGCAGAGCGGCUGUGGGCUGGCCGACAUCGAGUCCCCCACCAGCACUGUGACCGUCCUGGAGAACCAGCCCCUCAGUGACAAAGGCUCAGGGAGCUCUACCACCACCCAGAUGAGCCCCCAGAAAAUACAGCUCAACCUGAGGCCGGACGACUCCCAGACCUUCCGUGUCCAAGUGCGGCAGGUGGAAGAUUACCCUGUGGAUAUCUACUACCUGAUGGACCUGUCCAACUCCAUGAAGGAUGACCUGAGGAACAUCCAGAACCUGGGCACCAAGCUGGCCAGUGAGAUGCGAAAGCUCACCAGCAACCUGCGCAUCGGCUUCGGCGCCUUCGUGGACAAGCCCAUUUCGCCCUACAUGUACAUCUCUCCUCCACAAGCCAUCACCAACCCUUGCUAUGAGAUUGGGGAAACCUGCCUGCCCAUGUUUGGCUACAAGCACGUGCUGUCCCUGACGGAUGAGGUGACCCGUUUCAACGAGGAGGUGCAGAAGCAGAGCGUGUCCCGGAACCGCGACGCGCCCGAGGGCGGCUUCGAUGCCAUCAUCCAGGCUACAGUGUGUGAUGACAAGAUUGGCUGGAGGAAUGAUGCUUCCCACCUGCUGGUGUUCACCACGGAUGCCAAGACCCACAUUGCACUGGAUGGCAGGCUGGCUGGCAUUGUGCAACCCAAUGAUGCCCAGUGCCACAUUGACAAGGAUAACUUCUACUCUGCCUCCACCACACUGGACUAUCCCUCUCUGGGCCUGAUGACUGAGAAACUCUCACAGAAGAACAUCAACUUGAUCUUUGCUGUGACAGAUACAGUUGUUGGACUCUACCAGAACUACAGUGAGCUGAUCCCAGGCACAACCGUGGGCACCUUGUCCAGAGACUCCAGCAACGUCCUGCAGCUCAUCGUGGACUCCUAUGGGAAAAUCCGCUCCAAGGUGGAGCUGGAGGUGCGUGACCUCCCUGAAGAGCUGUCCCUGGCCUUCAAUGCCACGUGCCUCAAUGACGAGGUCAUCCCUGGGCUCAAGUCUUGCAUGGGGCUCAAGAUUGGGGACACGGUGAGCUUCAGCAUCGAGGCCAAAGUACGAGGCUGCCCUGAGGAGAGGCAAAAAUCCUUCACCAUCAAACCUGUGGGCUUCAAGGACAGCCUGAGGGUGGUGGUGAACUUUGAGUGUGACUGUUCCUGCCAGAGCCACGCUGAAGCCUCCAGCCCGUCGUGCAGCUGGGGCAACGGCACGCUGGAGUGCGGCGUGUGCCGCUGCAACCCGGGGCGCCUGGGCUCGCACUGCGAGUGCUCUGAGGAGGAAUACAACCCUUCCCAGCAGGAUAACUGUAGCCCUGGGCCUGGGCAGCCUGUCUGUAGCCAACGUGGAGAGUGUAUCUGCGGGCAGUGCGUGUGUCACAGCAGCGACUUCGGGAAGGUGACGGGGAAGUACUGCGAGUGCGACGACUUCUCCUGCGUCCGCUUCAAGGGUCAGAUGUGCUCGGGCCAUGGGCAGUGCAGCUGUGGGGACUGUGUGUGUGACUCGGACUGGACGGGUGACUACUGCAACUGCACCAGCCGCACCGACACGUGUGUGUCCAGCAACGGGCUGGUGUGCAGCGGCCACGGCUCCUGCGUCUGCGGCAAGUGCGACUGCACCCAGCCCGGCUCCUACGGGGACACCUGUGAGAAGUGCCCAACCUGCCCUGAUGCCUGCACCAUCAAAAAGGAGUGUGUGGAGUGCAAGAAGUUCGAGAGGGGAGCGCUGGCAGAGGGCCAGUCCUGCAGCCGCAUGUGCCGCGACGAGAUCCAGACGGUGCAGGAGCUGGCUGACAGAGGCAAAGACGCCGUGAACUGCACCUACAAGGACGAGGAGGAUUGCGUGGUGAGGUUCCAGUACUACGAGGACUCCAGUGGCAAGUCCAUCCUCUAUGUUAUUGAGGAGCCAGAGUGCCCAAAGGGGCCAGACAUCCUGGUGGUGCUGCUGUCAGUGACAGGUGCCAUCCUGCUCAUUGGCCUCGCUGCCCUGCUCAUCUGGAAGCUCCUCAUCACCAUCCACGACCGCCGGGAGUUCGCUCGCUUCGAGGAGGAGAAGGCCAGGGCCAGGUGGGACACGGGCAACAACCCUUUAUACAAAGAGGCCACAUCAACCUUCACCAACAUCACAUACCGUGGGAACAUGUAAGGGCUGACCCUUGGGAUCUUCUGGAGCCCAGCUGGCAGAAGAGCUUGUGUGUGCCUGUGUGUAAUUGAACAGUCCCUGGACUGCCUCCAAAGCCCUUGGUGUCCUUCACCCCACUCUCACUGCAGGGAUGUGCUUUCCUCUCAUUCUAUACCUCAGUAGGUCGGCCAAGGGGUGACAGGAGGCCCCUCCAUACACUGAAUGCAGAGAAAUGAGCCUUUCUCUGCCUCUCUGUGAACUCUUUGGUGCUCAUCGGUUCAACAGUGGCUGCUUGAACCAAAUGCUGAGCUGUGCUCUUCUCCAUGAAGCUCUGCCUGCUCCCAAUGUGUGUGUGUGUGUGUGUCAGCCAAUGCAGCCCCUGGGGGGCACAGGAGCUGCCCACCUCCUCCUCAGGGCACAGCAGCUGCCACCUCCUCGGGGCACAGGGCAGCUAAAGCCACUUGUCAGCAGGCAGAAGCCAUGGUGUGGCUUUAUGGCUUGAAGAUAUUGCUCCAGCAACCUCCUGCUUCUUGCAGCCACCCAUUUGUGGUGCUGCUGGGUGAAAAGCAGCGCCCCAGUAGCAAUGUGCCCUUCCUCUUCACCUUCAUGUGCAUUCCCUUUGCACCACUGGCCCAAUUCUAUGUAGCAUGAGCUGUGCUGGUGCCAGCUGCAGCUGGCUCAGCCCCUGAGAGGCUGCUGAGCUCCCUUGUGCCCCCCUCCAUCACCUCUACGUCCCAAAGCACGUGGAUGUGCAGGCAGCAGCUUGGGGAGGGUUGUGAUGCCUCUUAGCCCUUGAGCCUGACCCUCCUCUCCCUCUCCUGUUCUUUUGGGGAUACAGAACUGCACCAGGGUUGGCUUUCUGGCAGUUCUAGAAGAGCAGGUGAGGUUGAAGCCAUGUCCUGCUGCUGGGGGCUGUGUGUCACCCAAGCUUUUGUCUCCUGAGGGAGACCACAAGCAUCACCCCAGGAGCAGAGUGUGGCUGCAGCAGUGCUGCUGCCUGGGUCCUGCCCCAGCCAGAGCUCUGGGGCUCUACUCCCCUCCCUUACUCCAAAAAGCAACCAAGGCCCUGUGCCCAGUGUGGGGCUGGUCCUGAGGGUCCCAGCAGCACCUUGGCUGUGUGUCCCUGUCCCCAGGGGCUGGGUGGGAGCUGGGGCUGAGCCCCAGGCUUGGGGGGAGGUUGUGGAAGGGGGGUUUAAAUGAGCAGCAGCAAUUCACUCCACUAAAGUACCAAUAAAGACCAUUUG